CCUCGGCUCUCAUUGGCCCGCGGGGCAGCGUCGCGUCGCGCGACCGGAAGGGAACCCGGAAGCAACCUAGCGGCAAGAUCCCGGUUUCCUUGGCUACGCCAGAGAAAAGGGGCUGAGAGAGCGAGAGAAGAGGCGAGCGAAGGGCCGGUCCCUCGUCCUGUGGCGGCGGCCGCGCUGUUUGAAGGGAUGGGACCGAACCGGGCCUAGCGAGGGGCAGCUGCCGCUAUGAGCGGAGCAGCAGCUGGGGGCGAGGGAAGGAGCGGCGACCGCCCGGCAGGCCGUUGGCCCGGCUGGAAACUGCUGGCUUUGGGCCUCCUCUCCGCUUCCUCGGUGUUGGCAGCGGCGCCGGCUGCGCAGGCCAUGAGCCGGGAGGAGAAGCGCCACCUCGGAAAUCAAGUACAAGAAAUGUUUGAUCAUGCCUAUAGUAAUUACAUGGAACAUGCUUACCCAGCUGAUGAGCUCAUGCCUUUAACUUGCCGUGGAAGAAUUCGGGGUCAAGAACCAAGUCGUGGAGAUGUGGAUGAUGCCUUGGGAAAGUUUUCACUGACACUAAUGAUUCUUUUGGACACACUUGUGGUGUUAAAUAAAACCAAAGAGUUUGAAGAUGCUGUUAAAAAAGUAAUUAGAGAUGUUAAUUUAGACAACGACAUUGUGGGAUCAGUGUUUGAAACCAUUAGAGUGCUUGGAGGUCUUCUAGGUGGGCACUCAGUAGCAAUCAUGCUGAAAGAGAAAGGGGAAGUCAUGCAGUGGUACAAUGGAGAACUUUCUGCACGGCAAAAACAGUUAGCUACCAAACUGUUGCCAGCUUUUAACACUACAAGUGGUCUCCCAUAUCCAAGAGUAAGUAAACUAUUAAUUAAAUUUGGUCUAAGAAGUCCAGAAGCCCGGACAGGAACAGAGACCGAAACUUGUACAGCUUGUGCAGGAACGUUGAUUUUAGAGUUUGCUGCUCUGAGUCGUUUCACAGGGGCAUCGAUAUUGAGGUUUGCUUAAUGAUAAGAAUAUGCCCGGAAGGCACGAUUCCUUUGGGAGAAAAGGCAACGCAGCAGCAAUUUAGUAGGAGUUACUAUUAACAUUCAUACGGGUGACUGGGUCCGUAAAGAUAGCGGAGUUGGAGCAGGAAUAGAUUCGUAUUAUGAGUAUUUAUUAAAGGCCUAUGUCUUGCUUGGGGAUGAGUUUUUAGAAAGAUUUAACACUCAUUACGAUGCCAUAAUGAGGUACAUCAGCCAGCCGCCUCUCUUGCUUGAUGUGCACAUCCACAAGCCAAUGCUCAAUGCUCGCACAUGGAUGGACUCGCUACUAGCAUUUUUUCCGGGUUUGCAAGUACUGAAAGGUGAUAUUCGACCUGCUAUAGAAACUCAUGAAAUGCUAUAUCAGGUCAUAAAAAAGCAUAAUUUCCUUCCUGAGGCAUUUACAACAGACUUCCGGGUACAUUGGGCUCAGCAUCCUUUACGGCCAGAAUUUGCAGAAAGCACAUAUUUCUUGUAUAAAGCUACCGGUGAUCCCUAUUAUCUAGAAGUAGGAAAAACUCUCAUUGAGAACUUAAAUAAAUACGCACGGGUACCUUGUGGAUUUGCUGCUAUGAAGGAUGUUCGCACCGGAAGCCAUGAGGACAGGAUGGAUUCUUUCUUCCUAGCUGAAAUGUUCAAAUAUUUAUACCUGCUGUUUGCUGAUAAAGAAGACCUAAAUUUCGAUAUUGAAGACUACAUUUUUACUACAGAGGCCCAUUUGCUACCUCUUUGGCUAUCUACUGCAAACCAAACAGCCCUGGUAAAAAAUAUUACUACAGAGUACAUGGAGCUGGAUGACAGUAAUUUUGAUUGGACUUGUCCUAACACCCAAAUUCUGUUUCCCAAUGACCCAAUGUAUGCUCAGAGUAUAAGGGAACCCCUGAAAAACGUGGUGGAUAAAAGCUGCCCUCGGAGUAUUUCAAGAAUGUAAGAGGGCUUAGGCAGUGGACCAAAGCCUCCGCUGAGAGCCAGGGAUUUCAUGGCUAGUAAUCCUGAACAUUUAGAGAUACAAAAGAUGGGCGUCAGCUUGAUUCAUCUCAAAGAUGGACGAGUACAAUUGGUGCAGCAUGCUAUCCAAGCAGCAAGUUCAUUAGAUGCUGAAGAUGGCUUACGGUUCAUGCAAGAAAUGAUUGAGUUAUCCAGCCAACAACAAAAAGAACAGCAGCUUCCUCCACGCGCAGUUCAAAUCAUUUCCCAUCCGUUCUUUGGCCGGGUAGUUUUGACAGCAGGGCCUGCCCAGUUUGGAAUGGAUCUGUCUAAGCACCAAUCGGGGACAAGAGGGUUUGUUGCAGUCAGUAAACCAUAUAAUGGAUGCUCUGAGAUUACCAAUCUGGAAGCACUGAAGGAAAAAAUUGCUCUGAUGCAAAGAGGGCAGUGCAUGUUUGCUGAAAAGGCCCGGAACAUCCAAAAAGCAGGGGCUAUAGGCGGCAUCGUUAUUGAUGAUAAUGAAGGAAGUAGCAGCGAUACAGCCCCUUUUCAAAUGGCGGGUGAUGGCAAGAAUACAGACGACAUCACCCCCAUGCUGUUUCUCUUCAACAAGGAAGGAAAUAUUAUUCUUGAUGCCCUUCAGUCGUAUGAAAGUGUAGAAGUGCUGCUUUCAGAUAAAGCGAAAGACAGAGCAACUAUUAAAGAUAAAACGAUUCCAAACUACAUUAUUGAUAGCAAUUUGGAAAUGGAAGCCGUGGAUCAGAUGUCAUCUGAUAAUGAUUCUCACAAUCAGAAAAUGGAAGAGAUUUCAGCAGAUUUGAACUUGGUCUCUCAAGAAUCUGAAGGAGACGUUGGUACGAGCUCAUUUGCAGAAUCGGACAGCAAUAGUUUUUCUCAAACAAACCAAGAUUCUUGUACCCCUGAAUUCCAGCAAACUAGCAGUGGCAGUCAAGCAGCAGAACAGGAUAAUAAUCAUCCUGAGGAACAGUCAAAGAUUGAGACAGAUUCCAGUCCCAGUAAUAACUGGAGUAAUAAAGACCAAUCUAUGGAAUCGAUAUUAGCUGAUUGGAAUGAAGACAUAGAAGCAUUUGAAAUGAUGGAAAAAGAUGAACUAUAACUUCAAAUACUUUGCCUGGGAACUUACCAAGGAGAUAAUGGCCCUGAUAUCUGAAAUUCAAAAAGAAUUGUUCAGUAUUGUGACAAGUAGCCAGGUUUUUAUUGGCAAAAGCCAGCAUGUGUUAUAAUUUGAACGUUUUUUUUUUGUUUACCUUGUUUUUAAAAAAUGGGAAUGUGCAAUCGACCCAUUUGCAGAGUUCCUUUGCAUGGUGCUGUAAUACAGAAGGUUCAUUCAGGAAUGAUAUGAAUUCUUCCUGUGUUCCAGAUUGUUGUGGGUUAGUUUAGCAUAAUCUUUGGGAGGCAAAGACAUGACUGCAGUGGGAAUUCAUGCACCAAGUGAGCCUGAAUGGCCAGCUGUAGCUUUUACAUCUUGGUCCAUAAAGGCCACGAAUGGCAGGUGUGACAAUGCUGUUUUUGAGGGUAAAUAUUGUAUCUCAAAGUCUUUUUGGAGACUUGGUGGAAAAUAGUUUGCCGUGCCUUUAGGAUGAAGGCGAAGCAGUGGGCAGCUGUGAUUGUUUUUGUGCCACUUAAUGUAGUAAGUGUGCUGUACCUCCUUAUCACUUCUUCCAUUUUAUCACUUCGGAGAAUGACCGAUUCACUUGGAUGUUAUUCUUUGUUCUUAAUUCAAGACAAGAGUUUAUAAACCAAAGGCAAUGUGUUCUGUUAAGAAAAAAUGAAGAAGAAAAACUGGAUAAUCCUUAAAGUGGUUUAUGGAUAAUGGGACAAAAGCUCUCUACACUCCCAUCCCUUUGGUUUUGAAAUGUUGUGCAUUAAAUGGCAAGUUCAGAAUGAGCCAAACUUAGUAUCCUUCCCAAUCUCUGGAAAAGGUACGGAAUCAUCUUGCAUUAGGAUUUAAUUUAUUCUGCGUUGUUUUUUUUUUAAUAAUUAAGUGGCCUUACAUCAAAACCAUCCUGUUCUGUGCGUAUCUUAAAAUCUGUGUGUUUUAAACGUGGUCAGUAUCUCAACAAGAAAUAAGGCAUCCUUAGCAUAUAGGAAGCCAAACAAAAUUAGUAUCAUGUCUAGUUGAGGGGUAUGCAAAAUAUGUUGAAUUUGAAAUCUUUUGACUUCAAAUGGGGGGGGGGUGUGAACUCUGCUUAUUGGCACAGAUGCCUUCCUGACCAGGGUUCAUAGCAGGUAUUUUGUGUUUUCACUUCUGGAAAAGACCUGUUCAAACUUGGAACUGAGCAGUUUGAACUCAGCAUGUUUUGAAUUCAGAACAUUUGGCAUGUCGCUAGCUAGUAUAGAUUUUUUUUUCAACUGUAGCAGAAAUAUUUCACAGCAAUCAUGUAUCACAGAUGUCUUAAGUUUAUAUUUAGUUUCCUUUAAAAAAAAAAAACCAGUGUAGCAAACGAGGCAAAAAGACUAAUAUAGGUUUUUUGUUUUCAUUUUUUUACUUUAGGAAGCAAAAAGUCAAAUAAUUUGACACAGCCAUAUUGCACUGCGCCCUAUUCUUGGCCUUUUCAUGUAUAGCUGUUUUGUUGCAAAAAAUGACAAAGAUCAUACGCUCAAAUGUAAUGCGUUAGUAUGGGAAGGCUUAUCGUAUUGCAAAUACGCUCCCAUUGCAUCUCCCUGCAGGCUCCUUAUUACUGAAACCUGACUAUCCAAUAUUGCAUAUUGGAUAGCAGAUUUCUGGAGGGAACCAAUGGCUUCCCUCUAACCCAGCAUUUUAUUUCCCCAUAGAACGGAGUGAUAAGAGUGUGCUUCUGUAUCAGGAAAAGGUCAACCGCAACGGCAUGAGAGUUAAACUAGCUCUGAUAUUCCAAUUGAAUUGGGAACUGAAGAGGGAAGGAAUUAUUCUUUUGCUCCCGUAUGUCCGAGUUAUUUCUUGGUCACAAAAGAU